GUCCGCCACUGUCGCAUGAGAACCUCCUCCUUGGGAGUUGGGAGCAAGGAUAGAAGAAGAGAAGAAGAAAAGCGGGGAAUGGCAACAUCUCUUAGUACACCCAAGCUAAGCACUACCCUCACUUUCCAAACCCUUUCGCUCUGCAAAAAGUUCCCAAAUUUUCCCUCCUAUCAAUUCAGAACCCUAGACGUUGGCGUUUUUCUCUCUAGCGGCCGAUGGAGCCACUCCUUUCUACGCUGCCGCCCCAUCACCACCACUUCUCCCCGGGCCGAAUCUACAAAUGGUGCUGGCUCCGAGCCAGCUCGUAACUACGACUUUGACCUCUUCACCAUUGGCGCUGGUAGCGGCGGUGUCAGAGCUUCGCGCUUCGCUGCCAAUUUCGGGGCUUCUGUUGCCGUUUGUGAGCUUCCUUUCUCCACUGUCUCCUCUGAUAUCACCGGCGGCGUCGGCGGCACGUGUGUUCUUCGUGGAUGCGUACCGAAGAAGCUACUAGUCUAUGCGUCAAAGUAUUCUCAUGAAUUUGAAGAGAGUUGUAGUUUUGGAUGGAACUAUGAAACUGAGCCCAAACAUGAUUGGAGUACCCUGAUUGCGAACAAAAAUGCAGAAUUGCAGCGCCUAAAUGGCAUCUACAAGAACAUUUUGAAAAAUGCUGGUGUUCAGUUGAUUGAAGGACGAGGAAAGGUUGUGGACCCUCACACAGUGAAUGUCAAUGGAAAACUCUACUCUGCAAAAAACAUACUUAUUUCAGUUGGAGGACGCCCAUUUAUUCCAGAUAUUCCUGGAAGUGAAUUUGCUAUUGAUUCUGAUGCAGCCCUCGAUUUGCCAUCAAAACCCACAAAAAUUGCAAUAGUUGGUGGUGGAUAUAUAGCUGUUGAGUUUGCUGGCAUUUUCAAUGGCUUGUCAAGUGAAGUCCAUGUAUUUAUAAGACAGAAGAAAGUCUUGAGGGGCUUUGACGAAGAGAUCAGGGAUUUUGUCGGAGAACAGAUGGCAUUGAGAGGAAUUGAGUUCCACUCCGAAGAGUCACCUCAGGCUGUUGAAAAAUCAUCAGAUGGCACGUUCUCUUUGAAGACAAACAAAGGAACAGUGGACGGUUUCUCUCAUAUCAUGUUUGCAACAGGACGUAAACCAAAUACAAGGAAUUUGGGACUGGAGGAUGUUGGAGUCAAAUUGACAAAAAAUGGAGCAAUUGAGGUUGAUGAAUAUUCCCGUUCGUCAGUUCCAUCAAUUUGGGCUGUUGGAGAUGCUACUGAUAGGGUAAAUUUGACUCCAGUCGCCUUAAUGGAGGGUGGGGCACUGGCAAAAACUAUUUUUGCUAAUGAGCCAACUAGACCAGAUUACAGAGCUAUACCAUCUGCCGUGUUUUCACAGCCACCAAUUGGGCAAGUUGGUCUCACUGAAGAACAGGCCAUAAAAGAAUAUGGUGACGUUGAUAUUUUCACAGCAAACUUCAGGCCAUUAAAAGCAACUCUCUCUGGUCUUCCAGAUCGAGUUUUUAUCAAGCUUAUAGUAUGUGCAAAGACAGACAUUGUCCUGGGGUUGCACAUGUGUGGAGAUGACGCCCCAGAAAUUGUGCAGGGUUUUGCAGUGGCAGUGAAAUCUGGCUUGACAAAAUCAGAUUUUGAUGCAACAGUUGGUAUUCACCCAACAACGGCAGAGGAGCUUGUCACAAUGAGGACACCAGCACGAAAGGUUCGAAGGAGUGUGCCUGAGGGAAAGACAGACUCCGAGAUUAAAGCCGCUGCUGGAGUUUGAACUAGUUGGCCAAGCAAUUUGUGCGAUGCAUAACAUUCAAAGUUUGGAGGGGUAAGAGCAUGGUUAACAAAUAAUCUUUUUGGGUUGUUGAUGCUACUUUUUUUCUAGUUUAACCUAUUCAUGUGUUUUCCUGUUUCCGCACCUGUGUUUCUUUUAUUUGUUCUUUUUUUUUGGGAUGGAAGUGAAACAUCUUACUAUUGAGAGAAAAGGGUAUGGUGUAGACAUUUUUUGUCACUUUUUGUUUUUCCUUAUUUACCCUCCCACUAAAAUGCUAAUUAGCAGAAACCUCCAAUAACCACCAAUAACUUCUUUUUCCUUUUCUGUUUAACAACACAAAAAAAAAAUUCACAUUACACAACCUAAUAAAACCUUUUAAUAACUGCUUAUUGUUUUUCCUUAUAAUUUUUUUUAAUUUGAACACGCAAAGGGCGUGCAUUUCCCACUAGUUACAUUUAAAAGAAGCGGCAAAGCUACUGUUUUAAAUCAUAUCUAUCAUUUUUCCAACUAUGCAUAACGUCAUGACAUUUUGUUGAAUGUUGAAUGGUGAUCAUUCUUGAAAAUGCUUCUGUUCUGCUAUUGAUUUCCAGCUGACGCUCUCAGCUGAUUAGGGAAUCCAAUUUUUCCAAGUGGUUUUUUAUUUUCUUAGGUUGUUUUGGAAGCUAAUUGAAACUCCUCACAACCUUUUGAAUGGUGUAAAAUGAGUGCAGCUAGACAAUUAUACUGGAAAAGUUGUUCCUGCUCUCUAAUUGGGAUUACGUCAUGUCAUUGUCAAAAACUUAUGAAAGUAAUGGCGUUCAUCUUCUUUCACUUAAUUUACCCGCAUCCAGAGGCCACUUCGUUAUUGCGGACAAUAGUUGUUAAAUGGAAUUCAGGGUUAGGGAAGGAAAAGGUUCAACAUCUUCUAGUGUCCUUGAUCAGAAAAUAUUGAUGAUCACUUCUAGGUCGUUAUGGUGUAGGAAAAUGGCGAAGAUCAUGAUGAAUAUCAGCACUCUAGCACCUUCUCCACUAUGUUUAUAUACUCGAAUGAAUAAUAGUUCUACAAGUGAUGGAUUUUAUUUUUUUUUCCUUUCCAUGUCCUUGUCAUUCUGGAGUUAAUCUUUCAGACAAGGAAACUUAACAGUGCCUGGUGGAUAUAGAAAGUACGGAAGUCAUUCGCAAUCAACAGUUGGCGUGGAAGUUUUAUGCAUGGCAGAUCCGUGAGAUCUCCCCUACAUCACGUUGUACAUAAGAUGUCCCUGACAUGAUAUUAUUAUUGUCUGGAGCAGCCACGAUGGUGGUGAAGUCAACCGGUGUUUGUAGAUUUACUUUGUUGAAUAAUUUGCAAGAUUGCCUGCAAAUAGAGCAGUUAAUAGGUUCUCUUCCCUUUGGUGAUUGAGCUAGGAACGAAAUUUAUAAAGGACUUGUUAAACCAGAUUUCGUGAGUGUAUAAGAACGGUUCUGUUACAAGUGUUUCUUUUAUAUUUAGUAAAUUUUCUAGUGACG